AUCCCAGCCUCAGCAUUCAUUCACGCACACAACAAGCCAUGGAGUAAUACUUCCUUCAAUUUGUGCUGGAUUUCAUUCACUGCAGUUUUCAUCUCAAACGUUGGUAGUCAUGGUGACAGUCUCUUGAUGUCGGAAUGCUAAGUAACAGGAAGAUGACAUCAGUGUCCCCUACCCACAGUGACGGCAGCGCCAGCUCGUCCAAACAUGACAACCAUCAGGACAGCUGGGAGAUCAUCGAGGGCCUGAAGGGUAACCCUGGCAACAUCCAGGAGCCAGAGAAACAGGAGGGCUUCCUGCUCAAGAGGAGGAAAUGGCCCAUGAAAGGAUGGCAAAAGAGAUACUUCUUGCUGGAGAAAGGCAUUCUGAAGUACUCAAAACGUGGAGCUGAUAAGGGCAAGCUGCAUGGCUGCAUUGAUGUGGGGCUGUCUGUCAUGUCAAUCAAGAAGAAAACCAAGGCCAUAGAUCUGGACACCAACAACAACAUUUAUCACCUCAAGGUGAAGUCUGACAAGUCUCAGGAAAUGAAGUCACAGCAGCUGUUUGAUGAUUGGGUAUCAAAGCUGCGACAUCACCGCGUCUUCCGUCAAAACGAGAUCGCGAUGUACCCCCACGAGAGGCUUCUAUUCCACCCCUCCUCACACCUCUCUCCCAACCCCAACGACUCCAUGAGACAGCGCCACUCCAGUCUGGCUAAGCAGGCGUCAGUUGUCCAGCAGGCUAAGGUCAGUGCCUGGCUCCACUCCUCAGAAGACAUGGAAAAGUGCUGCAGAGAUUUAGAGGAGUGUGAGUCUUACCUGUUGGAACUCAACCUGUUACUGAAGAGUAUGGAGGUUCUCCACCGCACUUACUCUGCCCCCGCCAUCAGCCUCAUGGCCUCAACAUACGACAUUCCCAAGAAGGAGAAGAGGGGUCCCAGGAAGUGGCGUUCAAAAAAUACCAAAGAUACCAAAAAAGAUAUCAUAGCCACGCUACAGGUUCCUGGCUGUGUCUCCCCACCUGCCUCUCCUCAUCUCCAUACCUCCCACCCAAAUCUCUCUACUGUUGAAGCCAACAUCCAGGAGGCCUUUGCUUUCCUGGACUCCCCAGACUCACCUACUGAUGCCAACCGCCUCCAGGAGGACUUCUGCAGGCUCGCUAACAACAUUCACUCCACUCUGCGGUCAGCCUAUAGUUCUCUGUCAGCAGAGAGAGACAGAGUGAGACACACUAUUGACCUGAAGGCUCCUCCUCCAGCACAGGUCAUGGGCCUCAAGACUGACUAUGGCUCAGUGAGUAAGGAUCUCCCAGAUGGAUCCCGCCCCCUUGUCCACCAGGUGUCCAAUGAGAGUCGAGCGUCCAUCCCUGAGUCCAUGUCCGAGUUCUUUGAUGCUCAGGAGUACCAGCUGACCUCCAGCUCCUCUGAGAACGAGGCCUCUGAUGAUGACUCGUAUAUCAGCGACGUCAGCGACAGCCUUUCCAUGGACAACGGCUACAGCAAUGAGAGAGGAAGCGAGAGACAUGACUCAGGCUCAGGAGGAAGUGGUGUUCAGGUGGCCCGCAGGCGGACUACCCUCCCCUCCCCUCAGCCCAGCAGCAGCAGUGUCAGUCUAUGGAACAUCCUCAAGAACAACAUAGGGAAGGACCUGUCCAAGGUAGCCAUGCCUGUUCAGCUCAACGAGCCUCUCAACACACUACAGAGACUGUGUGAGGAGGUGGAGUACUCAGAGCUGCUGGAUACAGCGAACCACACACAGGACCCGUACCAGAGAAUGGUGUAUGUGGCGACGUUUGCGGUGUCUGCGUACGCCUCCAGUUACCACCGGGCAGGAAGUAAACCCUUUAACCCCGUCCUAGGAGAGACCUACGAGUGUGACAGACCUGACAAGGGCUUCCGGUUCAUAGCAGAACAGGUGAGCCAUCACCCACCUGUGUCAGCAUGUCACUGUGACUCUAACAACUUCACUUUUUGGCAAGAUGUCCAGUGGAAGAAUAAGUUCUGGGGGAAAUCCAUGGAGAUUGUUCGCAUUGGAACCACUCAUGUGACCCUGCCAGCGUUUGGGGACCACUAUGAGUGGAACAAGGUAACUUCCUGCAUCCACAACAUCCUGAGUGGCCAGCGCUGGAUAGAACACUACGGAGAGAUGUCAAUCAAAAACACCAGCAGUGACGACUGCCAGUGUAAAGUGACUUUCGUCAAGGCGAGAUCGUGGAGCUCAACGGUUAACGAGAUAGAGGGCAUGGUCACGGACACAGGGGGGCGUGUCAUCCACUCCUUCUUUGGCAAAUGGCACGAGGGCGUGUACCAAGGAGUCCCACCUUCUGCUAUCUGCAUCUGGAGAGCAAACCCCAUGCCUGUGGACCAGGACCAGUACUAUGGCUUCACUCAGUUUGCUGUAGAGCUGAAUGAGCUUGACGCUGCCCUGAAGCCCCUCCUACCCCCCACAGACACACGCUUCCGGCUCGACCAGAGGUGUUUGGAAGAAGGGAACGUUGAGGGGGCUGAGGAGCAGAAACGAAGGAUAGAGGAGCUCCAGAGGGGGAGGAGGAAAGUCCUGGAGGAGAACAAUGUGACACACAAACCACGCUUCUUCAAGUACGCCACCGUGUGUGUCUCUUUCUGUCUGACUUUAGCAGACAAGGGAGUUCAUUGGUCACACAUUUGGCCUCGAACACAGAACAAGAAAUCAAAGGAUGACACGUGGCUGAGCUCUAAUAUAUACUGGGAGCAGCGGAAGAACCCCAGGUUCAGCAGAGAGGACUUCCCUGUGCUGUGGUGACCUCUGACCUUACCUAUAACCCUGUGACCCCAUGGGAGCACAGAUCUAGGGUCAGAUUAUUCUCGCCUACAACAAACCUUAACCAAUACAGGGAAAACUCAAAACUGACCUUAGGUCAGCACUUGGGGACAACACUCUGUCCUGUUGACUAUGGACCGCUGAGUGUCAGGGCCCACGGCCAAAUUUGGGCUUCCUGCUUCUGUAGGUGGAGACGGAGACGGAGCUAACUUAAGACGGAGCUUUCACUUGACUCUGUGUUUAAAAGAAAAGAGCUUCCUGUUUUGUUUUUGUCAUUACUUUAGUCUAUCUUCUUUCAAUGUCAUCCUUUUCUCUGUAUAUUUGUCAAAUGUAUAUUUUAUGCUGUCACUUUAGUACGGAUGCAGUCCAGCCACCAAAGUGUCUUAAUUGAGCAAUAAGGCCCGAGGAGGUGUGGUAUAUGGUCAACAUACCACGGCUACGCGGAGUGCCUGGAUACAGCAAUUAGCCGGGGUAUAUUGACCAUAUACCGCAAACCCCCAAGGUACCUUAUUAUUAUUAUUAUUAUUAUUAUUAUUAUUAUAAACUGCUUACCAAUGUAAUCAGAACAGUAAAAAAAAGAAUUUGUCAUACCCAUGGUAUACGGUCUAAUAUACCACAGCUUUCAGCCAAUCAGCAUUCAGGGCUCAAACCACCCAGUUUAUAAUAUGGAAUGAUUUACUACUCAGGAAAACCUGCUGUAGAUGAUUAUGCAAAUCCUCACUCACAGUUGGUGAGUUAAAGUGCCUCAUUGCACUUUUAUGAUGUCAUACCACUCUUAUUAAUGUAGUCUAAAGAAGCACACCGAUGGAGUCUUGUAACUAGGAGAUUGUACUUUUUCUAAAGGUCAAACACUUUACUGUACAAUUCUGUCCAAUCACAAUACAGACUGUCUUAACUCCUCAACCAUUGGCUGACAGAACUUAUGAAAUAAGGCCACAUGGAAAUUCAUAAGACUGAGUGUUAAUGCCUGUGUGCUGCCCCGUGAUAAGAUUAUAUGUACUGUAUAUCAGUAAAGUAAUAGAGCAUUAUCUAUGAAGAUGAACAAUAAAACAGUGGAACUGUUAUACUAGAGUCAGAAUGACAACUUUGUGUGUGUGGUCAUGUGUUCGUUUGGCAUGUACAAUGCUUAAUUUGAGACAAAUUUUGUUCCGGAACCUACGUGUAUUUGGUCAGAUCCGGUUACUCUCAUGGCAUGAACAAUUAUUUUCAAUGUACAAAUUCUAAUAAAAGCAAUCAA